UUUUCAGGGAAACAGAAAACUGUUAUGAAGAGGAACCAUGUCACAUGAGUCGAUGUUACAGCCGUACCAGCCUUAUGACAAGUCUGAUGUCAUAGAAGGCCGUCUGACCAAUCAGGAGAGUAUGAUGAGCGUGCUGCUUGAGCAGGCGUUGAGGAUCAAGGAGGAGGUGGUGGCCAGUCUGCACUUCACCGAGGGCACUGUCCAGUCAGAGACCUCUUCUCGCAGGCUGCUGGAGAGCCACAUCCACACCAUCACACACAUCGUCAAACAGCUCAGCACUGACAUCCAGUCUCUGAAGAGUCAGAUAGCCCAGCGGGACAGUGUCACCUCUGGGACCUCUUUUGCUAUGCAGAGUCUGGAUCACAAAAACCUGGCUGGCAUUGGAGACCUCAGGGGCAGGGUGGCCAGGUGUGAUGCCAGCAUUGCCAAGCUGUCAGGUGAUGUGAGUGACAGGGCACAGAAGAUCGUCAGGCUCCAACAGGAGGUGUCAGAGGUCAAGUCAGGUCUGGGAGAGCGACUGAGAGAGAUGGACAUCAAGGUUAGAGGCUCUGAACAACUGGACUGCUUGUACCAGGGCCAGCUGUCUCAGGCAGUUAGCAGACUGGAGGUGUUGCUGGUGGAGCAGACCCACGGCCAGAGAAACAGCUGGACUGAUCUGCACAGCCACAUCAAGCUCCUGGAGGCCAAGAGCUCUGGUGGGGUAAGGGAGGCGAGGGAGGACACAAACAGACUGAGGAUGUGGACAGAGCAACAGCUACGUAGCUCAGCACAGGCACACAGACAUGGCAGCGAGGUGCUACGGUCACUACUGCAGGACAAAAUGGUGGAGGCGGAUGGGAGGCUCAGUGAGCAGUUCAGGCUGCUGUCAGUCCGUGUGGAGAGAGCAGAGAUCCAGCUGGAACAGGAGCGCCAGGCAGACAGGGUGAAGCACUCGAAGAGUAAACUCCACAACAGGAUCAGCACAGUGGAGACAAGCCUCCGGGAAGAGCUGCAGCUGAUCAAACAGGACUACCAGUCAGGGUUCCAGUCUAUCCAUGAUGCCAUAGACUCGCUGAGGCAGAUCGGUGACACCAAAGCCCGGCUAGACAAGGAGAAGCUGCAAAAGGACAUCAAACAAAUCCGCAGGAAGAUGGUGGAGCUGAGAGAUGUGUGACACCACAGGUCACACUGGAGUAUGGGACUGCAUGGUCACACAGACCAGUAAUGACAUCUCAUAUUCAAAAUUGUAUAUAAUCUUGAAUGACACAGAAGUCCAUGAUCACUGGGAUCCACAUGGUAUAUUGAAGUGUGCUACUCAUCAGGAUUUUGAUGGAAUGCUUUCACUUUGAAACCUUUUCAAAUCACUGAUUUAAUAGCAAAAAUAUAUAAUGUAGUUAAUCUGAAGCAAAUCUUUCCUAAAAAUUCCAGAAAUGUAUC